AUGACCUGUCCAGACAAGCCGGGGCGGCUCCUGAACUGGUUCCUCUGCUCCCUGUGCGUCCCGAGAGUGUGCAAGCUCUGGAGCAGCCGGGGCCCGCGCACCCGGAGGAACCUCCUGCUGGGCACGGCCUGCGCCAUCUACCUGGGCUUCCUGGUGAGCCAGGUGGGGCGCGCCUCGCUCCGGCACCGCCCGGCCGCCGGAAAGGGGCCGCACCAGCGCCCAGACACCGCCGAGGCGCCCUUCCCUGAGAUCCCCUUGGAUGGUACCCUGGCCCCUCCCGAGGCCCAGGACAACGGGACCACCCUGCUGCCCAAUGUGGUGUACAUUACCCUGCGCUCCAAGCGAAGCAAGCCUGCCAACAUCCGCGGCACGGUGAAACCCAAGCGCAGGAAGAAGUAUGCAGGGGCAUCCCCGGCCCCAGCCCUGGAGGCUUUGGGGGGACCAUCCCUGCAGCCGCAGCAGGGGGCAGCAGGGGCAGCUGAUGCUGAAGUGCCUGGGUAUGUCCAGAGAGGAAAUCUGGCCAACGUUGGGGAAAGUUCCUGGAGAUUGGUACGGGGUCCAGGAGCACGCGUUGGGGGUUCAGAUUUCCAGCUGGCCCAGGCCCCGGAGAGCAACAUCAGGAUCUACAGCGAGAGCGCCCCCUCGUGGCUGAGCAAAGAAGACAUCCGCAGAAUGCGCCUGCUGGCAGAUGGUGCAGUGGCGGGCUUCCAGCCCGUGUCCUCCAAGAGCCAAGCGCGUUUGCUGGUGCUGGAGGGGAGCUCCGCUGGCUCCGUGCCUGGCUGCGGCGCUAGCCCCUGCGGGCUGGUCAAGCAGCCUUUGGACAUGAGCGAGGUGUUUGCCUUCCACCUGGACAGGAUCCUGGGACUCAACAGGACCCUGCCUUCCGUGAGCAGGAGAGCGGAGUUCACCCAAGAUGGCCGCCCCUGUCCUGUUAUUCUCUGGGAUCCAUCUUUAUCUCCAACAAGUAAUGAGACCCACUCUUCUGUGAAGCUCACGUGGGGAGCUUACCAGCGGCUGCUCAAGCAGAAGUGCUGGCAGAAUGGCCGCGCACCCAGACCCGAGUGGGGCUGUACUGCGGUGCAUCACCACGAGUGGUCCAAGAUGGCCCUCUUCGACUUCCUGCUACAGAUUUAUAAUCGCCUAGAUACAAAUUGCUGUGGAUUCAAACCUCGAAAGGAAGAUACCUGUGUACAGAAUGGACUGAGGCCAAGAUGUGACAACCAAGAUUCUGUGGCUCUCGCACACAUUAUCCAGCGAAAGCAUGACCCAAGGCAUUUGGUCUUUAUAGACAACAAGGGUUUCUUUGAUAGAAGCGAAGAUAACCUAAACUUCAAAUUGUUAGAAGGCAUCAAAGAGUUUCCUGAAUCUGCAGUGUCUGUUUUGAAGAGCCAGCACUUACGGCAGAAACUUCUUCAAUCACUGUUUCUUGACAAAGUUUAUUGGGAGAGUCAAGGAGGUAGACAAGGAAUUGAAAAGCUUAUUGAUGUAAUAGAACAAAGAGCCAAAAUCCUUCUCACCUACAUCAAUGCACAUGGGGCCAAAGUAUUGCCUAUGAAUGAAUAA